AUGGUCGUGUGGCAGUUUGAUAUGGUUGGGGAUGGACCAACGCCUCGUCCUCUCAAGAGUUGUCUAGGAGUUCAGCCGCUGGAGUCCAUAAGUUCUGCCAAGAACUUCUCCAGUGAGGCUGCUGGGAAGGUGAAGUUCAUCCACGACCAGACCUCUCCAAACCCCAAGUACAGAGGAUUCUUCCACGGGGUUAGGGAGAUUGUGUGGGAACAAGGACUGAAGGGGACAUACCAGGACCUCAUGGCCACUGUGCUGAAGCAGGGCUCAAACCAGGCCAUCCGCUUUUCCCUUAUGACCUCCCUGCACAACUGGUACCGAGGGGACAACCCCAACAAGCCCAUGAACCCACUGAUCACUGGAGGCUUCGGAGCUAUUUCGGGUGCAGCCAGUGUCUUUGGAAACACUCCUCUGGACGUGAUUAAGACUCAGGUUCAGGGCCUGGAAGCGCACAAAUACCGCAACACGUGGGACUGUGGCUUGCAGAUCCUGAGGAAGGAGGGGCUCAAGGCAUUCUAUAAGGGCACUGUCCCCCGCCUGGGCCGGGUCUGCCUGGAUGUGGCCAUAGUGUUUAUCAUCUAUGAUGAGGUGGUGAAGCUGCUCAACAAAAUGUGGAAGACGGACUAAGCCUAGAGGGGCCACAAGGGGACCACCCCAGGCACCUCCGGAGUGCCCCACCACCCUUGUCUCAUAUGAAUCCAGUGCUGUAGUGCCAAAAGGCCCCUUCCCCUGUCCCUCGAGCUCUGUGGUCUGGUCUGUGCAUUGUGGCUUUCAAAUCCAUGUGUCCCAUAACGCCAUGUCCCCGUUGUGGUCUGUGACACCACCACUGUGCCCGGGUGUCUGGCCCAGCCAUGGUUGGGUGUGCAUCUGGCCUGUGACCCUGUGCCCACUUGUCCAUGUGCUUACUGUGAGCACUGUGCCUGUGUUUCAUGUUCUGUGUCAUGUGACCCUGUGCCCCGCCUUCCGGGGUGCCCAUGUGGCCAGGGUCCUCGGCCCUGUAGCCCUGGCCCAGUCCCAGUCCAGUGCCUUCCACCCAGCCCUGGCCUACCACAGCUGCCCCCUGGCCUCGGCCUGGCUUCACUGCAUUCCAGGGGCUGCAGCCCCCCGCUUCUCCCACCAUUGGCCUUAACUGGCCCUCGGGCCCUCCCUCCACACAGGACAGGGUGGCACCUGCCACUCUCAGGACCACCCUGCCAAGGCAGAAUAAACCGGAUCCUAUUGUUU